GGUCUCUGGAGCGGGAUGGCAGCGGAGCCGGCCGGAGUUGGCCCUAGGCUCACAGAUCCCGCUCUCUGGCCUGAAACAUGGCCCGGGGUCCUGGCCCUUUAACCCGGCCUCGCCCCGACACGGUCGCCAUGCCCAAGAGAGGGAAGCGACUCAAGUUCCGGGCCCAAGACGCCUGCUCAGGAAGAGUGACCGUGGCGGAUUAUGCCAACUCGGAUCCGGCCGUCGUGAGGUCUGGAAGGGUCAAGAAAGCUGUAGCCAAUGCUGUUCAGCAGGAAGUAAAAUCUCUCUGUGGCUUGGAAGCCUCCCAGGUUCCUGCAGUGGAAGCUCUUUCUGGGGCUGGUGAGCCCUGUGACAUCAUCGACAGCAGUGGUGAGACUGAUGCCCAGGAGGAAAGCAUCCAUGAGAGAACUAUCUCCAGAAAAAAGAAAAGCAAGAGGCACAGAGAAGACCUGAACGGGACUGGAGGAGAAGAGUAUCCCAUGGAUAUUUGGCUAUUGCUGGCCUCCUAUAUCCGUCCUGAGGACAUUGUGAAUUUUUCCCUGAUUUGUAAGAAUGCCUGGACUGUCACUUGCACUGCUGCCUUUUGGACAAGGUUGUACCGAAGAUGCCAAAUGACCAUAGAAUGGUCAGUGUUGAGUUCUUCAGCAACUUCUCCUAUAGCUCUAAGAGGCUCACCUUUGAUGAUGGUUCUCAAUUGGUUGUCAACUUCCACUGGUUGGCCCCUACACUCCUCAUCUUCAAGCCUCUCAUCUCCUUUGCAAAACAUCUUGAACGACUACUGUGCUGUGUUUGGUAGCAGUUCUGGGCCAAAUGCAUUGUUGAUGUUGUGAGUUGUCUCUGCUGCUUUAUGACCCAUUUUGAACUCAAAUAAAA